GUUGCACGCGGAAGCUGCGCGCGUCUUCACAGCCGCGGUUUCCCAGCUCGCGUGCAGGUAACGGAAGGUUUAUACACACAGACAGAAAAAGCUGUUGGUUUGUCCAGUUUGAAAUCAUUACAACGCAAAACUAUCACUUGUUCGUCAAAUGAUAUAACCUGGCAUAGUUACGUUUCAUUUUACCAGGCAGUUGAACUGAUCGUGACCACAACGCAUGCAGUCUUUUGAGUGUAUCUGUGAUCAUUUUAAACCAGUGGUCUCGGACUCGGUCCCUAGAGGUUUAGCUCCAAAUCACACCUGCUUUCUGGUUUUAGUGAUCCUGAAGACCUUGAUCAGCUGGAUCGGAUAGGUCUGUAGCAAAACCGCAGAGCUGUGACCCUCCAGGAAGUGAGUUUGAGACCAGUGUGCACAAAAUAAAACCUUGUUUAUUUCACACACACUGUGUGUGGUCUGUAUUUAGCUUAAUUACGUUUAGUAUGGCUUCCCAUGGAAAGCAGUGCACCUGUGAUGCCCAUCGCUCAACGCCAAGUGUUUAUCAAACUCUAGAGGAGAUGGACUUUGAGAGAGGUAUAUGGUCAGCUGCGAUGGACGGAGAUGUGGAGAGAGUCAGGACACUCAUUAAAAAAGGGAUUGAUCCGAAUAUAAGGGACCAGGCAAACUACACGGCUUUGCAUUACGCUAGUCGAGCGGGUCACCUGUCGGCGUGCGAGUUGCUCCUGGACUGUGGAGCUUGUGUGAACGUCCAGACCCGCGGAGGAGCAACCCCGCUUCACAGAGCGGCUUACUGCGGACACCGCGGCGUGCUCGCCUUGCUGCUGGACCGCGGGUCUGAUCCACAUCUGACCGACGACGAUGGAUCCACAGCCCUCCACAAGGCUGCUGAACGGAGGCAUCCGGCGCUUUGCGAGCUGCUGGCGAACCGCUUCCCGGACUUGAGAGCUGUGAAGAACAAAAGAUCGCACACGCCUUUCGAUCUCUGUCCGGAGAAUGACGGAGUUUGGGAGUUCCUGAGACCGCAGUGACCUGAUCCCGCGGCCCUUCUCGCGAAAGAAGGUGAACUUUCAAAAGCUGUGCCUUGUAAAUCAGUGCCUGUUGGAUGGAAAGAGGCAUAGUCGCCCAGGUUAGUCUUGACGGUCACUUUCCUCAAUAGUCAAUCUACUGCUACUAAAUUCGAUCAGAUCGGCGAAAAGGCAUGAUGCUAACACCUGUCAUUUUUACAGGAAGUGACCAGGGCUGGACAACCUUACCUCGUCCGAUAUGCAGACUUCUUGUAUUUUAGCAGCCAUCUUAAAUCAGCCAGAUACGUUAUUAAAUGCAUCCAGGCAUUCAAAAUGUUUGAAUUGUCAUGAUUAUUUUAGUUUUUGAGGUAUUAGUAUUUUAUUUUUGUUUAAUUUUAUUUAUUUGCGGUUGGCUUAAUAUUGCCCAGUUAUGUGAACCAAAAGGUUUCCAGCAGUGGUGUGCACAGACCUAAUUAUUAGCCUGCUUCAGAUUGUUUCUCGCUGGAAUCAUUUACAUGACACACGUAUUUACAUGUUUUUAUUUUCAAAAUAUUAAAAGGGAUGUAAUGUGGAAGUUAUUACAAAAAAGGAAAUAAAAUAUUUGGUAAU